UAGUUUUUUACUUUUCGUUUUCCCGGCACUGCCUUUCGUUGCUGUGGCGAAGCCGCGACGCUGCGUCGAAACGUUUUUGCGCAACAGCCACAGCGACAGCGACACGCACACACACACACACACACACAGAGACCGGUGUGGUUUACCGCUUUCUCCGCCCCACACGAUUCCAUGUACAUAACAGGCGAUCGCACGCUCUAUUAUUCAAUACUUGCACCUGACUGAGUCAUCUAAAAUACAAGCAAAAGAAAAAGAGUUUUCCUUCGCCACAUUAAAAGCUUUCAAGCGGUCCAGCGAAGAUGCAACGGGAGGUAAUUAAGUGGCUGCAGUCACUCGAGCUCUCCGACGCGGUUCAAAACCCAAAGCGUGACUUGGCCACGGGCCACGCAGCCGCGGAAAUCGUCAGUCGAUACAGCGGCACCAAAUACGUCAAUCUUCAGUUGCUGCCCAAUGGCGCCUCUGCUGCCACAAAGCGCGACAUCUGGCUGCAGGUGUACAACGCCCUGCAAAAGCUAAACUGCCAAUCCGUCACUCCGCAGCUGAUUGAUGCGGUGCUGCGCCGUGAGCCUAACGCGGCGCUCACCGUGCUGGAAUGCCUCUACGAACACUUCACCUCACACACGCUGCCCAUGCGAGGCUUAGAUGCGGUGGGCACCUCCCGCAACGCGUACGUGCAGCCCACAAAUGCGGCGUCUACCGCGAAGCUGCUCGCUGUGGCAAACACCGGCGUGUCGACCAGCGCGAAAGGCGAGCCGUCGACGCUGCACGAUCCGCUGGAUGCGGGGAACAGCCCACGUGAUGCUGCUGCCGCUGCCCACCCAAAUGAUACGACUACGACGAACACAGCCGAACUCGCAGCCAGCGAAGCGGCCCCGCCGGCGGAGUAUGCCGCCCAUGUGCUGCAGCAACGUCUGGCCCUCAUCGACAACGAUGAGCUGGCGGGCGGGGCGAACGCCUUAGGGGCCGUCCCCCGCUACGCUCGACCCACCGCCAGCACCCUCGUCCACACCGCCAGCGGCACACGGAAGGACGUCGUGCUAGACCGGGCGAAGUACGUGGCGGAUGAGACGCAGCAGCGAGUGCAGAACGCGCGCAUCACGCAGCAGCACGCCGUGGUCCGGCGCCUGCAGGAGGAAGCGGCUGCAACAACGCCGCCGCCGCAGCAGCAGCAGGGUGACGGUGUCGCGUCAUCUUCGUGGCCGAUGUUGAACGGCACCAGCGGGAGAGCCAACGCGGUUGCCGAUGACCGCCUCCCCCUCACCACGCUGUACAGGGGGCGAUUCUAUCGAGAACCGGAGACCAACACGACGAAAGCAGCAUCAGCGGCAGCAGGAAAGAAGAGCAGGUCUGGCAAGAAGAAAGCGAACGGAAAGGGCGAGAGCGAGUCGGAGUCGCCCUUCACGGCAAACGACGACUCGGAGGAGCCGGAUGGUGGCGGGGCACACGCCGCUGACGACGCGCUGCGGCCGACUUCGCAGGGGAGAAAGAGCCGACCUGGCAACCCCGGCAACAGCCGCGCUACCACAAGGCUGCGGGUCAAGGUGCACUCCCCCGCACUCAGGACGGCGCUCGCACUGCGGAGCGGCUCGGGACAGCUCCGAGAGCGGGCCGCGGCUGUUUCGCGCGAGCUGUUUGCGAAGCACCACUACAUGCUCCGUCCGGCGCUGAGCGAGAUUCUCGCCGACGUCCUCGGUGCCCACAAGCAGUUGGAGCACCUGCUGGACUGCUCCACCGAUGACGGCAGCGGUGAGGUCCUGGAGAACGUGCUAGGGCAUCUGCUGGCGCAUCGGCAGGCGUUUCCUCUCUCUUGCAUGAAGGCGUGCUGGGAGACCCUCAGCCAGCACGUGGACGGCAUCGUCGCCGCGUUGCAGAACUCACCGGACGAGUACAGCUACCUCCUCGAGUCUUUUUCGUUCGCCUUUACGCGCGAGGCGGCACAGGUGCCGGUGUUAGAGCCCCCAGCCAGCACCACCACCAUCACAACGGUUAUUGACGGCUGCUGCGACGGUGGUGGUCGUGGGGAUGCGGAGAGCGCACGUGAAAACGCCGCUUUGGUGAGCGAAGAGCAAGAGGAAGACAACGGCGCUCUAGACUCCGCUGCGUCAUCCCCGCACAGCUCACUGGUUCGAAACGCCGCUACGGCGACGUGCAGAACUUCGGAAGCGGCGGUAGGAAAUCCUUCAACGGGGGGUGAGCUCCCACAGCGAUCAGCUGUGUGUGCUUCAUCGCAGCAGCCGCUCCCCAUAUUCGUGAACGCGCGUCAGCAGCUGAACGUGGCCUCCGUUUUUCACCUUCUUUCAUGCGUCGCCCGUCAGCUGGAUGUGCCGCGGGCAAGUUACGUGUUGAGGCGUUACGUGCUGCGUGCUGCGAAGCCUUUCUUGCUGCGCCACGGCACAGCGGCGGUUCGCGAGGCGUUGGCGCGUUUGGUGAGCGCCACCUUCGUGCCCACCGCCCCUUCACCGGAGGAGACCAGCACCAGCAACAAUGGCAGCAGCAGCCGCGUUACCGUCACCAGCGCUGGCGCGGUGGAUGGCGAAGCUGGGUUGGUUGACUUUCUCACGUCGGAGCUUGCCGUGUGCAUGCAGGUGCUGCCGUACGUUUCGCAGGUCUUUCGUCCUUCCUCCCUCUCCGCGUCACAGGACACGCCUGGAGACAACAGCGAGACGGAAGCGACGGCGGACAAGCCCCCAGCCUCUAGUAACAGCAGCAGCAGCAGCAGCAGCGCCGCGCGGCAGCGACAACGGACGUACUGGCACAUCUUCCAAAGUUCCAUUGCAGAGUUUCCCUCGUCCGCGUCACACGACGAGAUCUUGCGUGUACCGCCUCCCGCAAACGGUCCACUUGCCCGGUGCGUCCACGCAGCGGCCGUGGCGUGUCUGGACAUCGCCAACGCGGUGGACGUACGCGCUGUUGGCGUACGACUCGUAGUGGAGUGCUGCGAGCGGUGGUGGGGACACGCAAAAGACGAAGCAGAGUCCAGCGGGCUGCCACGGCCGACGCUGCGCAAGCUGAUCUCCCAUGUUCUUGUUUCUCUAGACGCAGAGAAGGAUGAGGCGGCGGCGGCGAUGAAGGCGGCGUGGUGGAACACACAGGCGGCGGAGACGUGGGAGCUGCGGCUGAUGGUGCUGCGGCUGUGCACCACCCUUCUGAGACUUUCAUGCCGCGGCGCCGACAACGGCGACUCGACGGAGGCAAACACACUCGCCGAUGACAUCGAGAACGUGUGCCGGGUCGCAGAUGUCGCGGCGGCUGUCUGUCUCGCCACUUUUGCCGCCACCGCAUCCACAGCCACAAGUCGGAGUGCUCCUCUCUGGCAGCUCCAGCUGGCGUUGGCGUCCGUGGGAGCCGUGGUGGAUCCUAUUCGUGCGCCGUCUCUGACGGCCGAGUGGCGGCAACUUCUGUUGACCACUGAGCCUUCACUGACCACCUCUUCCAUCUUGAAAAGUGUGGUGCUCCCGAAUGAGGGCGUUGCCGUGGAUCUUCUGCUGGCUCCACUGCAGCUGUUCGGCGGGGUGCGGGCCUUUCUGCCACUGAAAUCGCAACUACGGCUGUCGUCCGUGGUGGCUGGAGCACCGUCCUCGCAGCGCACGGAGAGCCUGCUCUCCACGAGCCGCCCUUCCAAAAACGGCGCUGACUCCAGAGGAGCGAACGGUGCGAGCCGGCGCGGCAGUACACGCACGCAGCGCAGCACCGCGCAAACCGUGCUGGGGGAGACCGCUGCCUCUUUCGAUUCUGUAGCAGAUCACAGCUCGGUGUUUCAGCUCGUCUGCGGCAGCGUCCAGCCGAUGUACGCGGUGGUGCCCCUGUAUCAGACCUGGAGCACACACGGCGUGGUGGAUGCGAUGCUGUCCCCACCCUCGUCAAGCCGUGCCACCACAACACCCGCAAACGAAGACGAGUGUUACACCUCCCGCGCUUCGCCGAUGCAGCUGCAAGUUACCUUGGCUGCGUUGGCCUCUUCUCCUCUGCAUUCGAGGACCGAGGAAGGUGCGUACUGGAGCUCCGUCAUGUGCCGCUACUGGCCGUUGAUACAGGCAACGAAGCCGUCGAAUGAAGCUCUCGAGGCCGUCGGUGCGCAUCCACCGGCGUUUCUCCAGCCACAGCAAAUUGAAGACGCGCCGGUGGAGGUCAUGGCGAUCUUAUUGGUGGCUCUGUUCUUGCGGUGCGCAGACGAGACCACCGUGGCGUCGGCCGUGGCGGCAGCUGAAGAGGACUGGCGAGCCCUCUACGGUUCUGCGAUGCGGUGGGCGGAGGCGGUGGUCGACCAGGGCGAGACCAUUUGA